GCUGAGCCUGCAGCUGGGUCAAUUACCCAGCAGCUUCAGCAUAUAAACCCCACCUGUUCUGGAGCUUACACUCAAAGGAAACAAUGGAGGAUGUCAGUAGAGAUAUGAAGAGCUUUGAGUGUUCAUCUCCAUCGGAGCUUGACAGGAAGUUUUUUGGGGAGCGGAGUUUGCUGUCUGCUUUGUUGCUGCAUCAACUGUCGACAUCAAGAGCGUCAAAUGACACGAUGGCUGACGGAUCUGACACCAGGGUGUCUGUGGCUUCUCUCUGCAUGUCAUCGGAGCCCAUUUCUCCCUCCGAGACCUUUUCAAUGAACAACUUAAGCGCUCAAGAGACUGGCAAUUGUCACCUGGCUGUGCCUUUACAGGGAAAGUCCUCCACUCCCCAGGUGCCCCUUCAAAAGCAAAAAAAGCCUGCUUGUUUUGACCAUUCGUACAGUGACCUCACUGCCUCUCAAAUGUCUUGGGAUGUGUCUUUGAUUAAAUCAGAAAACAGCCCCAAACCCGGCAUGGAGUCGAGUGCUCUGGAGGCCACGUGGAGUCCAAAACUCCAGUCUACGCAACAUUCACUAGCUGAAGUUUCUCCUUGACCUAGCUAAGAAGUCCCUCUAAACAAACCUAACCUGGAGAAAAUUCAGAUAAUUGGAAGGAGAAAGGUGUCUCCUGUACAUGAUUUUUAAACCCUGACUGUAAAGGUUACGUGCUUGCUCUAGCAAAAUCUACAAAUCCAUGUUCUAGCUCUUCAUUUUGUUUUUUACAUGAUCCAUGUGUAGAGAACUCUGUAUGCCAUAUUGUUUUCCCCCCAAAGAUUUGAAUAUUUAAAUAAAAGUAAAAACAUAAGUAACUUUA